GGCGUCUCUUCGCUUCGGUGCCGAUCUGACAGUGACACCUCCCCGCUGAGCGGUACCGGGCUUAUGUCGGGCAGGUGCAACCGGAAGGCACACACCGCCCCCGGCUGCCGCCCGUCCCCUCAAAGCUACCUUGACUUCCAACCGUUACGGUGGUUCCGCGCUCCUGGGCGCGGAGAGGCGGCGGGGUGGCGCGACGGACGCCGGCGGGGCGGGGACGCUCACGACCGGCCAGAGUCGCCUGAACAGCCCGCAGCGGCGUAGGGGCUCGGUGCCGGGCCGGUGCCCGCUGCCCCACGAGGGAUGCGCGGCUGUUCGGCGGGCUGCGGGCGCGACAGCAGGGGCCGCUGCGGAGGCCGGGGCGGCGGAACCCCAAGCAUGCUGCCGCCUGGCAGAGGGCGCGGGGACGGGCUGUACCCCCGGGCCGCGUUCCCCUUAUACCCGGCGGGAGCGAGGGCCGGGGCCGCAGCUGGCGGCGGGCGCAGGUCUCGGUCGGCUGCUUGUCUUCCUUUUCCCGUUCCCUCCGCCCAAAUCUCGCCUCCGUGGUCGCUCGCUGCGCUAAUCCCUGUCUCGGAGCCGUUCCAGCCGGGAGCUGGAGCAAGCGACGCUAAAACAUUAAUCCUUCUCUUCCCGGGCCCGCGCCGAGGCCGCUCUCCCGCCGCCGGCGGUAAUCCCCCCGGCCCGCCCCGGUCCCGCGCCUUCCCCCGCCCCGCUCCGCCGCCGCCCCGAGCGCGGGAGGCGCGGGGCACCGGGCUCGCAGACCCCGCCGGAGCCGGGCGGCGCUCCCGCCGUGGCGUCCGACCUGCCUGCCCGUCCGCCCGCGGGUCGGGCCCCCCGCGCCCCGCUGACCUCUCAGAGCAUCGGGGCUCGGACGGACAAGCUGCGGGAGCGGACUGCGGUGUAACCCCACCAGAACAGCCCAAAGCGAUCUCGCCGGAGUAGCGCUGCAAGGAGAGCCUCUGAUUGUUUCAGCGCGAAGAUAGGUGAAAGGACAAAAUGCAACUAGGGGAUUUGCUGUCAGGCCACGAGGUGUGGCAUUAAAAUUAAAAUAAUGACUCGUUUAUGACA